AUGGUCAAAGACCUUGACGGGGUGCGGCUGCCGAAACAGGCGGAGCGGUUCAUCCACGGCCAGUCUCGAAUGGAUUGGCAGGAGAAGGAUGUGCUCGUCAUCGACGAGGUGAGCAUGCUCGGGGCGCGGACGCUGCACGCCGUGAACGAGCGGCUUCGCCGGCUUCGCGGAUCGCGGCAAGAUUUCGGGGGGAUCCCCAUCGUCCUCUUCUGCGGAGAUUUUCAGCAGUUCCGGCCGGUCCAAGAGAGGUCGAUCGUCCUGCCUAGCGCGGCCAUCUCGUGGGACGUAGACAACUCGUUCAAGGCCGAGCAGCGUCACCAGCACGACAAAGCGCACGCACUGUGGAAGAGGUUCACGACGGUCGUCAUGCUGGACGAGCAGAUGCGCGCCGCCGGCGACCCGGAGCUGCAGAGGCUGCUGAAGCGGAUCCGUCUAGGCGUGCAGGAUCGGACGGAUCUAAACCUCCUCAACUCAAGGAAUCGGUGGAACCUGAACAUGGAGGCGAGCCUGGCGUUCCGGGUCCAGCAGCGGUCGACGAUGCGCAUUUUCAUCUCCGAGCACAAGUGGAAGGAGGAGCUGCCGACGGAGGAAGAGGCGAUCAUGAUACUCAACCAGGGCGACGAUAGCGCGAUCCCGGUGCCGGCCGUCUUCAUGUUCGUGGCCGGGAUGCCCAUCGUCGUGAACCACAACACCCACCAGGGGCUGAAGCUAGUGAACGGCGCGAGCUACUCGGCGGUGGAGGUCAUUGUCGACAAGGCGUACCCGGGGCAUCGGAUCUCGGCCGAUAUGACGAUCCACUUCGGGCCGCCGGCGGGGAUCAUUCUCGAAUCGGAGACGACGAGAUAUCUCCACUUCGUCGGGAUGCCGCCGGGCACGAUCUUGUUGACACCAUGA